AUGUCCGUCCUCAUGGAGCAAGCGGCGGCUCAGCCUUCAUACACUCACGAGAAGAUUGAUCCCAACGACAUCGAGUCUGGAUAUGCAUCCGGCCAGUCCGACUACUCUCCGUCACCACGAACAGAAAAGCCUGUUAUUUCUCUCAGCAAGUCUCACAUUGAGUACCUCAACGACCAGAUGGAGUCUAUGCACCCCAUGGACAUCCUUCGGUUCUGCAGGAUCAUGUUCCCCAACCUCUACCAGUCGACGGCAUUUGGCUUGACCGGCCUCGCCACCAUGGACAUGCUGUCAAAGAUCCAGAAGGAGAACCCAGAGUCCCGGACGGUUGACCUCAUCUUCCUUGAUACUCUAUAUCACUUCAAGGAGACAUAUGAUCUGGUCGAUCGCGUUAGAGAGAGAUAUCCCAAUGUUCCCAUCCACAUCUUCAAGCCCGACGGCAUGGAGAGUGCUGAGCAGCUUGAGGAGACUUACGGAGAGAAGUUUUACCACAACGCCGGCGACAUGUAUGACUUCAUUGUCAAGGUCGAGCCUCUUCAGCGAGCAUAUGAUGAGCUCAAGGUCGCUGCCGUAUUGAAUGGUCGUCGAAGAUCUCAGGGCGCCGCCCGUGGCUCUAUCCCCAUCAUCGAGAUUGAUGAGGAGAGAAACAUCGUCAAGAUCAACCCCAUGGCCACCUGGUCCUUUUCCCAGGUCAACCAGUACAUCAAGGAGAACAACGUCCCCUACAACGCCCUGCUUGACCAAGGCUACAAGUCCGUCGGUGACUGGCACUCAACCGUCCCCGUUGGCGAGGGAGAAGAUGAGCGCGCCGGCCGAUGGAAGGGCCAGAGCAAGACCGAGUGCGGCAUCCAUAACAAGAAGUCCAAGUACUCUGAGAUUGCCACUCAAAUGGAGAGCAAGGCUGCCCCAGUCUCAUGA